UCUCCACUCGUAUCGCGGACGCGAAAUCGAGAGGCGAAGAUAUAAACACCUUUUCUCUCACUCGCCCGUUCCCUGUUUUGUUCGUGUUAAAACCCUAGCCCUCUCUCUUUCACUCUCUCUCUCUUAAAACCCUAGCUCCUCUUGAAGCCCUAGAAACCUCCCCCUUCUCUGCUUCUUUCGCGCGCUCCUCACAUCGGAGUUCGAUCCGAGAAUGGCCACCUCGGUGAUGCUUCGAGCUUUGAGGCGGCGAGACGUCGCCUCUUCUCUCUCGUCUCCUCUCAGAUCUCUAUGUGGCAGUUCAAAGACAUCAUGGGCUACAUCACCUUUCAGUCAUAAAUGGGCAAGUGUGGCUAGGCCAUUCAGUUCAAAACCAGCUGGUAAUGAUGUCAUCGGAAUAGAUUUAGGAACUACCAAUUCUUGUGUGGCUGUUAUGGAAGGAAAGAAUCCUAAAGUGAUCGAAAAUUCUGAGGGGGCACGAACUACACCAUCUGUUGUUGCCUUCAAUCAGAAGGGGGAGCUACUUGUUGGAACUCCAGCCAAACGACAGGCUGUGACUAAUCCAACUAAUACACUGUUCGGGACAAAGCGACUAAUAGGUCGUCGCUUUGAUGAUCCUCAGACACAAAAGGAAAUGAAGAUGGUUCCCUAUAAGAUAGUAAAGGCUCCAAAUGGUGAUGCAUGGGUUGAAAUUAAUGGUCAACAGUAUUCUCCUAGCCAAAUUGGUGCUUUUAUCUUGACAAAGAUGAAAGAAACUGCAGAGGCUUAUCUUGGGAAAUCUGUUACCAAGGCUGUAAUUACUGUUCCAGCAUACUUUAAUGAUGCUCAACGACAAGCUACUAAAGAUGCAGGGAGAAUUGCUGGCCUUGAUGUUCAAAGGAUUAUCAAUGAGCCAACUGCUGCCGCACUUUCUUAUGGUAUGAACAAUAAGGAAGGCCUGAUUGCAGUUUUUGAUCUUGGAGGAGGGACAUUUGAUGUUUCCAUCUUGGAAAUAUCCAAUGGCGUUUUUGAGGUCAAAGCAACAAAUGGUGACACAUUCUUGGGAGGGGAGGAUUUUGAUAAUGCACUUCUAGAUUACCUAGUGAGUGAGUACAAGAAAACCGAGGGAUUAGAUCUAUCGAAGGACAGGCUGGCCCUACAGAGGUUACGUGAGGCAGCUGAGAAGGCGAAGAUUGAACUCUCAUCUACCUCUCAGACUGAAAUCAAUUUGCCAUUUAUUUCUGCUGAUUCUUCAGGAGCAAAACAUUUGAAUAUUACUCUGACUAGAUCAAAGUUUGAGACAUUGGUGAAUCACCUGAUCGAGAGAACUAGAAACCCUUGCAAAAGCUGUUUGAAGGAUGCUGGCAUUUCUACCAAGGAAGUUGAUGAAGUCCUUCUUGUAGGUGGAAUGACCAGGGUUCCAAAAGUUCAAGAGGUUGUUUCAGAGAUUUUCGGGAAGAGCCCAAGCAAAGGAGUGAAUCCUGAUGAAGCUGUUGCUAUGGGAGCUGCCAUUCAAGGUGGAAUCCUCCGGGGAGAUGUUAAGGAGUUGCUUCUCUUGGAUGUUACUCCUCUUUCACUUGGUAUUGAGACCCUUGGUGGCAUUUUCACCCGAUUGAUCAACAGGAACACAACUAUUCCUACAAAGAAGAGUCAGGUCUUCUCUACUGCUGCAGACAACCAGACCCAGGUCGGUGUUAAAGUGCUGCAAGGUGAACGUGAGAUGGCAGCAGACAACAAGCUUUUGGGCGAGUUUGAGCUUGUUGGUAUUCCACCAGCACCAAGAGGCAUGCCACAAAUUGAGGUAACGUUUGACAUAGAUGCAAAUGGUAUUGUCACCGUCUCUGCCAAGGACAAAGCCACUGGUAAAGAGCAACAGAUCACUAUUCGGUCCUCUGGUGGUCUUUCUGAGGACGAGAUUAACAAAAUGGUGAAGGAGGCUGAGCUCCAUGCACAGAAGGACCAGGAAAGAAAGGCUCUUAUCGACAUAAGGAACACGGCUGAUACUACAAUUUACAGUAUCGAGAAGAGCUUGAACGAAUACAGGGACAAGAUCCCCGCCGAGGUUGCUUCAGAAAUAGAAACCGCGGUAGCUGAUUUGAGGACAGAGAUGGCAGGUGAUAAUGCUGAUAAGAUCAAGGAAAAGCUUGAUGCAGCAAACAAAGCCGUAUCAAAGAUUGGUCAGCACAUGGCUGGUGGAGGAGGAUCGGGCGGUUCUUCUUCAAGUGGGUCUCAAGGCGGUGAUCAGGCGCCUGAGGCAGAAUACGAGGAGGUGAAGAAGUAGAUAUAGCAUGAUUGAUUCCCUUUUUGUCACGAAGAGUCUUUUCAUUACAUGUGCGAUAAUUUAACCGUAGCAGCGGUACCUUUUAGUUUAGCCUGAGUACGCAUGGCUUAAAAUUUGUUUUCUUAAAAAGUUUUUCUUCUGGAUUGAAUAAGGAAGCCAUUGGUUGUGGACUCUCCUAAUUAUUGUCUUUGGAUAUAUAGACCUUUUACAUUUCUAUGUUAUCUGUAUCACGCGUCAUCCUUUUUUAUCUUUGGUGUAGGGUGAUGAUGUUGAA